UUUAUACCAACAUUGUGCAGUAACAAUGCAUGGAUAUCAUAAUACACUGUGCAUAGCCCCAAAAUCAUAGGCAACACUAGCACUAGGCUGUAACGACACCGCACCCUUCCACAAGUUCCCGGCGCUUAAAUUCCCCCAUCUGCUUUUACAUUUCUUCUCCAGGCCAGGGUCCAACACUCCAACUAUUUAGGAAAAAAUGGCAGGAGACGAUGAACGAAGACUCAAGAUUCGCCCUUGUCUUAAAUCUCAAAGUUCCUUCAAUAAUUAUCCCAAUUGGAAAUACAAGCUCCGAGAAAGUUGUUACAGAAGGGUCCGAGAAGAUCGAAGCCGCCUUCUUUGGAAAUUAAGGUUCGCCAACGACCAACAACACAAGAAUCUCAUCAGGUCAUCUCUAGAGGACAUAGUUUCUGAUGAAAUACAGAAAUUUAAGAACUCAUAUCACAGCGCGAGUCUUGAUAAUUCAAAAUUCUCCCCGGCACCUGAUAAUACUGUAUGGGAAUAUGAUGGCCUUCAUGAAGCUUAUCAAGGUGAUUGUGAGGAAAUGUUGCUCGAAAUGCAGAGGAUUUUUUAUGAAGAUCUCAGGGUGGAAGAAACAAAAGAACAAGGUUCCACUGGAACUUGGGAAGAUGAAGAAGACGAGUAUUUGGCUGGUGUCAAAGAGGUUUGGUGUCCCAUUUGCAAGCAAGGGGAGUUGAAAGAGAACUGUCAUCUUAUCUGUUGCACUCUUUGUGGACUUAGGCUCAACAGAGAUGAUGAGGUCAAUCUAGAGGUAGUACGAAAUAGAUUGGCUGAAGCUCAUUCAGACCAUCUUGAUCAAGGAUGCAGGUUAAAGCCUAAAUUUUGUGUUGAAACUAGAUUUACUCUGAAUGCACUGUACAUUACCUGUCAGGGAUGUGACAUGUUUGAGGUUGUGAUAUAAGCAGUUUCUUCUUAAGCUAUGUUCUCUUCCUUCUUAGUGUUCUUCCUAUGAUUGUAAUGGUUGUAUCAUUCAAGUGGGCACGUUCAGUUAUAGUUGAUAUGUUUGCUGAAGUUGAUCAGCGAGGUGGAGGAAAAAACUAUUUAUCUUUUUUC